AUGAGGGUUUUAACGUUGGUUUGCAGUUUCGUGGCCUUGGGGUCUACGACUCCGGCUCCGGCAUCAUGGCAGGGCAAGAGACAGGCUACUGAAGCGCCGGCUUACGAGGCGCAUACGAUUGAUCAGCCAACUGAUCAUUAUCCGGAAAGUGAUCGCUAUGUUCCUCACACCAAUGCUACGUUCAAGCAGCGCUACUUUUUCGAUUCGUCGUAUUACAAGUCAGGAGGCCCCGUGUUUCUCUACAUUGGUGGAGAGACGAGCGGAGAGUCACGCUUCUCCAACUUGCAGACUGGCAUCAUCCAGAUUCUCAUGGAAAAGUUCAAUGGCCUUGGUGUGAUUCUCGAGAAUCGGUACUAUGGAGAAAGCUACCCGUAUAAUUCCAGUACGACGGAUGAGCUGAGGUUCUUGACUACCGAGCAGACGAUUGCCGACAACGCCUACUUCAGACAGCAUGCUACCUUCCCCGGCGUCAACGCCAGUCUGAGCAGUGCUGACACCCCUUGGAUCAUGUAUGGCGGUUCGCUUGCUGGCGCCCACACCGCGUUCACCAUGAAAACUUACAACGAUAUAUUUGCUGGAGGUAUUGGUAGCAGUGCUACCACCCAAGCAUUGUUCGAAUACCCUCAGUGGUAUAAUCCUAUCAUGAAGUUCGGUCCUGCAGAUUGCGUAUCUAGUAUUGUCGACAUCAUUGACAAAAUUGACGAACUCAUCUGGAGUGGUAACAAGGAUGGUAUUCAGCAACUCAAGGAGAUCUUCGGUCUCGGUGCGCUGCAAGAUCUGAGAGACUUUGCCAUGACGAUUGCAUUCCCGAUUGGUGGUCCGAUGAACUAUCCCACCAACACAUGGCAAGAACUCAACUGGUCCGAUCGUUACGGUUCCGAAGACUUCUUCAACUUCUGCUCUAACGUGACGAACAUCAACCCGCCGGCAAACAUCAGCAGCGUCGACAUGGCGCUUGCCAAGUACUCCAAGGGCGAAGCUUGGACUGGAUUAGGUGGAUACGCCGAUUACGUGAAGAAGACGCUCAUUCCCAACUGCGAGAGUGGACGAAUCGACAGCACGGACGAGGGCUGUUUCGGCACGCAAAACCAAACAUACUACGCCGAUCCCACAAACGGAGCAGCGCGUUCAUAUCUGUACUCAACCUGUUUGGAGUCUGGUGGUUAUCAAGUAGCGCCCACGAAUGGCCCAUCCCUCAUCUCCCGCGUCCUCCAAGUUGACUACACCCAGCAAUGGUGUACUUGGGCUUUCCCACCUGGCGAGCACAACAGCAUCCCUGCAACCCCUCAAUUGCAUUACUACAACAAGUACGGAGGCUGGGACGUCCACGCUGAGAAUCUCGCUCUGAUCGAUGGAAACACCGACGUCUGGCUUGACCUAUGCUACCAUUCGAACUUGGCAUCCCAGCCUAGGAUUAGUAGCGAUAAGUACCCGAGCUACCUGAUUGCGGGAGCUGGACAUCAUUGGGACAGCUAUGGAAUCAAGAAUGUCAGUGCUGAGCCUGACUAUAUCAGGGAGGCGCAUUAUUGGGAAGAGAGGACUGUGAGUCGGUUUUUGGAGUUCUGGGCAGAGAAGGAACAUUAA